CCAUUGCUACCCUCUCUUCUCAGCUUUUGGAAGUGAACCAAAACUUUUGGAAGUGAACCAUUACUUCCCUCUCUUCUCAGCUUUCAAAAGUAAGAUACUUUGUUUUGGAAGUGAACCAAAAAAGUUUCAGUUUUUAGAAGACGAAGCUAACAGAGAGUCAGAGGGAAAGACAAACUUUUUUGUAUCUGGGUCAUUCAUUUCAUCCAUUUUUGGUGAUUUUGGGAGUGUUUCUCGUCGCCGUCGUUGUCCCUUCGAAAAAUGAUGCAGUUCGUACUCUCAGAACGUAACCCAGAUUCUUCUUCUUCUUCUUCUCGUCCUCAGUUCGUUUCUCUCUACUCUGCAAUUUGUAUUAUUUUUCUACAUUAAAUCUAUAUAAUAUAAAUAAAAAUAUACAUAUGGUCCCUGCAUCAUUCUGAGAAAAACAAAGAAGAAGAAGUUCUGAGAGAUGCUUUUGGUUAUGUGAGAAAAUAAAAAGUCUAAAGAAAUCACAACCCUUCAUUUCAUCUAAUAAUGUAAAAAAAAAAGUCUCCACCGGUGUAGACGUUUUAACAACUCCACAUCUCCACUUGAGCAGCUCCCUAUAUAUAUAUAUAUAUAUAUAUAUAUUUAUAUUUAUAGAGUGCGCCCAUAAAUCUCGUCCAAACACCGUAUUUAUUCUCCUAUCAUAGCUAAGAUGCUGUUUGGCUAGCUUACUUGAGAGACUGAAAGUAACACUGCACUGCACUGCACACCAAAGAGAAGAAUAAAUCAAUGGAAGUCAGUGGCGGCGGUUGGUGGUGGCUCAGCCUUAUCCUCAUCCCUUUCUUCCUCCUUAAAUUCAUUUCCAGAAGAAGCCCAACACUCCCUCCGGGACCCUUCACCCUUCCCAUCAUCGGCAGCAUCUUUUCCCUCCCCAAAUCAUUCUCCGACCUCGAGCCCAUCCUCCGCAACCUCCACGCCAAAUACGGCCCCGUCGUCUCUCUCCACAUCGGCUCCCUCCCUUCCGUCUUCAUCGCCGACCGUCACCUCGCCCACCAAGCCCUCAUCCACAACGGUGCCGUAUUCGCCGACCGCCCUCCCAAUCUCCCCACCAUUAAAAUUUUCAACACCAACCAGAUUAGCAUCAGCUCCGGCAGGUACGGCCCAACCUGGCGCCUCCUCCGCCGCAACAUCACUUCCGAGAUCCUCCACCCUUCGCGGGUCAAGUCCUAUUCCCGCGCUCGCAGAUGGGUUCUCGAUAGUCUCCUCAAACGCCUCGAAUCCGAUGCUCAAAGCGCCGCCGAUGGUGUCCGCAUAAUGGAUCACUUCAAGUACGCCAUGUUUUGCCUCUUGGCCUUGAUGUGCUUCGGUGACAAGCUUGACGAGUCGAAGAUCAAAGAAAUCGAGACCAUCCAACAUCGCAUUUUGCUGGGUUUCACACGAUUUAACGUACUCAAUUUCUUACCCAGUUUGACCAAAAUUGUUUUCAGAAAGCGGUGGCGGGAGUUGUUUCAGCUCCGCCAUGACCAACUCGAGGCUCUGGUCCCCCUCAUCAAUGCCCGGGAGAAGGUCGAGGAAACCAAGAUUGCUACCAAUGAUGAUGAUGAUUUCGUGCUUUGCUAUGUGGAUACUUUACUGGGUCUGGAGCUGCCAGAGGAGAAGAGGAAGCUUGAUACAGGGGAAAUGGUUACCUUGUGCUCCGAGUUUCUGAACGCUGGCACUGACACCACCUCCACGGCGCUGCAGUGGAUCAUGGCCAAUUUAGUGAAACAUCCCCAGAUUCAAGAGAAGCUGUACGAGGAGAUAAAAGGGGUGAUGGGGGAUGAUGAUAGAAGAAGAGGGAAGGAGAUUGAAGAGGAAGAUUUGCAGAGAAUGCCGUAUUUGAAAGCUGUGAUAUUGGAAGGGCUGAGGCGCCACCCGCCGGGGCACUUUGUGUUGCCGCACGCAGUGAGUGAGGAUGUUGUGGUGGGUGGACACGUGGUGCCGAAGAAGGGAAGCGUUAACUUCAUGGUGGCGGAGAUGGGAUGGGACCCCAAGGUGUGGGAGGAUCCCAUGGCGUUCAAGCCGGAGAGGUUUCUGGUUGGUGAUGAUAGUAAGGUGGAGUUUGAUAUAACUGGGAAUAGGGAGAUAAAGAUGAUGCCUUUUGGAGCAGGGAGGAGGAUAUGCCCUGCCUAUGGUCUGGCCAUGCUUCAUUUGGAGUAUUUUGUGGCCAAUUUGGUGUGGAAGUUUGAGUGGAAUAAGGUUGAUGAAGUUGAUUUGUCUGAGGUACUGGAGUUCACCAUCGUCAUGAAACAUCCUUUGCAUGCUCGCUUGACUCCGAGGCACUAGACCAGACCUUGGUUCAAUUUUGUCUCAAGUUAAGUUGAAUAAUCACAUUAUAUUUCUGUUGUGUUGUGUUCAGUUGUGGUGGAGAUCAGACUGGAGUCCUUUCAUGAUUUGAAAUUCAUAAAGUGAGUAAAAUGGUGUGAUGUUAAGAGACAUCUAGUAAUCAAGAAAGACUAAAACUUUGUAUAUUAUAGAAGAAGCAAACACGAAGCCUCCAACAAGUUAUGAAUGAUUUUGGUGACUCUUAUUAAGAAAUUUGAGUUUUGAUGUUUUUUUUAAGGUGGGAUAUUGGGAACUAAACAAAAUUAUCUGUUUCUCAAAACUAAACUGAGCUUAGAUAUCUUGCUGGGGAAAUAGAUUGUUUCUUCUCAAGGGGUUCGAUUGCCAUGGAGUUCUUCAAGCAUUUGAUAAUAGCUUGAGGAGGAGCUAAAAUGAAGGCAACAAGAUUAGAGCAUUUGUCCUGAUUUGUUAUUAUAUUAUAUUUAAAAUGACAUUUUUUUUA